AUGGCCUCUGAGUCCGUUGCGACGAUCCAGGUGUCGUGCAAGCAGACCAGAUUCCACAUCGAGGCCAGCCCCAACUAUCGAGAGCUCGACAUUGAAGGCCUCAACAUCACCGUCGCCGCCCCUCCGUCGCAGGCCGGCACCGCCGCCACCACCGCCAAGGGCAAAGCCAAGAAGACCAAGGGGGAGGGCCUCGAGCUGCUGUCCAACGCCAAGCUGCGCCUCAAGGCCGGCCAGCGCUACGCGCUCGUCGGCCGCAACGGGUCGGGCAAGUCGACGUUGCUCAAGGCCAUCUCGGAGAAGCUCAUCCCCGGCAUCCCCGAGGCCACGCGCGUCUCGAUCCUGCAGCAGACCGACGCCGACCGCGACGGUGGAGAUGGGGACGCACCGCCAACAGCCGCUGGUGCACAACAGGGCAGCAGCAGCAGCUCCAGCGCCGCUUCCGUGCCGCCCUCGGCCUCUGCCCUCGAGUAUGUCGUGGAGAGGGCGACGUCCAAGAACGAGUUGGAGCGCGAUAUCUCGGCACUGUCGUCGGGUGUCAACGAAUGCGCAAGCGCCCACGGAGCGCUGCGCGCCCUGCGCAAGCUGAAGCACGACAGGCUGCAGAAGCGGCUAAGACGGUCGCUGCCUCGGAGUCACUGUGCGUUUUUCUUCUUCUUCUCUUUGUCCAAGUCUACAUCCCCAUCUAGAGCAAGGUCUAAGAAGCACAUUCUCCCUCCCCUCCACCCCACCCGCAGCAUAAACCAGGCCGACGACGACAUAGCCCCCGAGGCGCUGCAGGCCGAGACGCAGGAGGCCGUGGACAUGCUGGCCGAGCUCCAGCUGCAGGUCGAGCCGGCGCGGCUGGCCGAGGUGGAGGCGCGCGCCAGGAAGAUGCUGGCCGGGCUGGGCUUCAAGCCCGAGAUGCUCGAGAAGCCCUUCUCGAGCCUGUCGGGCGGCUGGCGCAUGCGCGCGUCGCUGGCGGCGUGCCUGCUGCAUGACACCGACAUACUGAUCCUCGACGAGCCGACCAACUUUCUCGACCUGCUCGGCAUCGUGUGGCUGCAGCGCUACCUCGGGUCCCUGGAAGAGGGAGGCGAAACAGCAGCAGGAAUAACCGAGCCGCCGACGCUCAUCCUCGUCUCGCACGACCGCGACUUCAUCUCGCUCUGCACCGACGUGCUCGUCGUGAAGGACAAGCAGCUGACGUACCACCACGGCGACCUGGCGUCGUACGAGUCCUCCACGGCCGAGCGGCGCGUGCACCUGCGGCGGGUCAAGGAGGCCAAGGACAAGCAAAAGGCGCACAUGCAGGACACGAUAGCGCGCAACCUGCGCGAGGGCCGGCGCGGCGGCGACGACGCGCGCGUCCGGCAGGCCAAGUCGCGGCAGCGCAAGCUCGACGAGCGCUGGGGCGUCGAGGUCAGCGCAAAGGGCACGCGCUUCAAGCUCAACCGCGACAUGGUGGGCUGGUUCGACAGCAAGCGCGAGGACGUCGAGGUGCCGCCCGAAGACCGCGCCGUCGUCGUGGUCCUGCCCGACCCGCCCGAGCUGCGCUUCCCGGGCGCGCUGAUCAGCCUCGAGGGCGCCUCGUUCCGAUACCGCGGUGCCCAGAAGAAGCAGCAGGUCCAGCUCCCGCUGGUGCUGCAGGACGUGACGCUCUCGGUCGGCAUGGGCGACCGCGUGGGCAUCGUCGGGCUCAACGGCUCGGGCAAGUCGACGCUCAUCAAGCUGCUGGUCGAGGACCACAGGCCCACGUCGGGCACCGCGGCCCGCCACCCGCGCCUCCGGCUGGGCUACUACUCGCAGCACGCGGUCCAGGAGCUGCAGGCGCUAGGACUAGCCGAGCCGGAGCUGACGGCCCUGAGCCUGAUGCUGCGCGAGACGGGAGCCGGGGACCACCCGGAACCCGGAAGCAACGGCAGCGGCGGAGACGCGGCCGUCAAGAUGAGCGAGGGCGAGGUGCGGGCGCUGCUGGGCUCGCUGGGCCUCCCGGGACGCCUGGCGUCGGACGUGGCGGUGCGGCGGCUCAGCGGCGGGCAGCUGGUGCGGCUGGGGCUGGCGCGCAUCCUCUGGCGGCGGCCGCAGUGCCUGGUGCUGGACGAGCCGACGACGCACCUCGACUACGAGACGGUGUCGGCCCUGCGCGAGGCGCUGCGCCGCUGGGCCGGCGCCGUCGUGCUCGUCAGCCACGACCGCUGGUUCGUCCGCGGCGUCGUCCAGGGCGCCGCGGCCCUGGAGCCGGGCGAGGAUGGAGGGGACGGGGGGGGACCUGGAGGAGGACGACGAGGACGAGAGCGGUGA